AAAUAAUAAUAAAUAAAUUAGAAAAAAAAAAAUAUCUGUGAAAAAAGUAAGAAAUUUAAAAGAAUGAAAAGUAUUUUAUUAUACACUUUAUUUGCCCUAAUAUACAGCCAAGUAAAAGCUCAAAUUAUUUUUUUUGAGUAAGACUCUUAGUGCAGAUAAUAUGUCUCUUUUAAUUUUGGAAGUUCAGACUAAAUUAUUAAAUUUUAAAUGGAACUGUAUAGUACUAUUUCAUUUGUUUUCUCUACAUCUUGUCCAGGUAAUUAGUGUGUAAGUAAUCAAAAAUUAGACUGCUAGUCAUCAAAUGGGUGCAAGGUUUCUUCAUAAACAGAAAAUAUAAUUAAUGCUGCUAAUUAGACAAUAUUCUACGCAAACUAGGCUACUUCUUCUAUUUUUUGCUAAGGUUGUAAAGAAAUGUCAAUCAAAUAGUUAAAUUUUGAUUUUGUUUAUAGUGCUGCAGCAUACCAAUAUUAUGAUUAUGCUAUGUUAGGAUUAUUUCCUAGUAAUUCAUUUUCUAAUUUCUAUAAUUAAGUUUAAAGUGAUACUUACCGCUCAGAAUAAAAUCUGUGGUUUGCAUUAGCAAGCUGCUAUAAUAAAAACAGAGAUCUUAAUACUGAUUCAUAGAUGGGAUUCUUAUCAUUUAAUGAAACAAUCACAAAUAGACAAACAUAAAGGAUUUUUCCCUUACUUAAAUCUGAUACAACUUAGAAGUACUUUUAAGCAAGAGUUAUUUUUUAUGAUUAAAUCUUUGUUGGAUCAUAUUAACUUUAAAAUAAUUAUCAAUUUAUCGAAGUAUAUUAACAAAUAUUUGAUAAUAUAGUAACUAGAGUAUCCUAAAAAUAUAGAAUUUAAUAUGCAACUGCCUAAUAAGAUAUUAUGGUUUUAACAUGCAAUCCUUGCUUGGAUUUAGAUGACAUGGUUAUUUUAAACACAGUCGAUUAAUAUUAGUAUAAGCCUAUAUAAAUUAAUAGAAAAUACUUAACCACCUCAUAUAAUUCUAGUCACUCUAUUUUUAAUAUAAUAGCUUCUAAAGAAUAAGUUUUAAAUAUGGGAGUACCAUUUUUUUACGAUAAUGUCGUACUCAUAGCUGGGAGUGUUAUCAAUGUUUACGACCAAAAAUACCCUGAUGCAAAUACAAUUAUUUCUUCAUCUUCAUAAAUUAUUUCUUAUUAAAUAAUUUAUUUAGGGCUUCUCCUUUUAGCAUUAAUGAUAUUUGGCUGA